GAAUAGCGCUUGCUACAGUAGAUGUACGGUUGGUUCUGUGAAUUAAGGUUAUCUGUGAUAAAAUAUUAGUUUAUUCGACUUUAUUCUGUGAUAAAAACAUUCUACCCUAGAUUUUAUUUAUGUUUUAAUCGAAAAACUUGUAACUGGAUCAGUGUCUACUGUCUAGGAGAGAUAUUACACAAAUUGAAUUCACAUUGUACUCCAAAGUUAAAGAGUUAUCUGCCUCAACAGCCGAACCAAGUGCCAAAUACAAUUAACUCAAAAAUAUCUGUCGUCACUAGGAGAAUAGUUACAACAAUUUCAAAAAUGUGCCACUGUAAAAUUAUCUCAACAUUUUUCAUCGCCAUCGUCUGUUGUGGUGUGAGUACAGUGAAGACAGCCGAUCUCCACAUUUUAGAUCAUGAUGUUUCAAUCCUUGUCAACGAGACACAGAAUGUUGAACUGGUUUUAGAGGGGAAGCUCCAAAAACCAGUUGAGGUGAAACUGGAAACUCAGCAUAAGGAUGUGGUCAGAGCCAAUCCUAGUAUAAUAGGGCUAAAUCCUCCCGGGCCCUGGUUAUUCGAAGUAACCGGACUUAAACCUGGGUUGAGCUUGGUUUACAUUAACUCUAACUCAACUCCCAGUUCUGAACUGAACACAAUUCAAGCCUUCGUUAGAGUGACUGUACAGCACUCUUAUGUUUUGGAAUACAUUAGUUUGACAGUGGGGUGGAUUUAUUUUGCUGCGUGGUCUGUCUCAUUCUAUCCUCAAAUUUAUCACAAUUGGGAGCGAAAAAGUGUUGUCGGUCUAAACUUUGAUUUUAUGGCUUUGAAUUUGCUUGGAUUCACAUUAUACGCUGUAUUCAACUUUGGGCUGUACUUUGUACCAGAAAUAGAGAAAGAGUAUUUCGAAAGACAUCCCACGGGUACCAACCCUGUACAAAUGAAUGAUAUAGUAUUUGCAGUGCAUGCUACUUUUGCAACGCUAUUCACCAUUAUUCAGUGUUUCUGCUAUGAGUCUGGUGCUCAGCGAGUUUCCACCACAGCGAGAUCUAUUCUCUUCUUAUUCUUUUUGAUAAUCACAACAACUCUGGGUCUAACGCUUUUCGAAAAGCUUGCCUGGCUGGACUUUAUCUACUACUGUUCCUACAUCAAGUUGACCAUUACACUUAUCAAGUACAUUCCACAGGCUUACAUGAACUAUCAAAGGAAGAGUACUGUCGGCUGGAGUAUAGGCAAUGUGAUACUAGACUUUACUGGUGGCAUACUAAGUAUGGCUCAGAUGUUGGUCAAUGCUUUCAACUAUGAUGAUCUACAAUCAAUAAUAGGCGAUCCUGUCAAAUUUGGAUUGGGUCUUUUCUCAGUAGUAUUCGACGUCUUCUUCAUAGUUCAACACUACUGCUUAUACAGGUCUUCAUCUUCGAGAAAUUACUCGACAGAAGCCCGAUCAGAAAUUCCCAAACCUCGAAUUGAGAGGUUCUAUGACUCACAAGUUCCCAUCCUUUCCUCCAAUCCCGAGAGUCCUGCCUGAAAAUAUUCUCGAAGAAUUUGGUUCUUCGUACGACCUUUCUUACCGAACAUAGAAAAGGGGACAUUUGCAACACGCACUACCUUUCAAUGCAACUAUGGCAAGAAAUAGGCCUAGUAAUGAAACUUGGUAUAAGACUCUUUAGUGGGGAAAACACACUAAAAUCAUAGACGAAGGAUAAGCAUAAGCUAUAUUUCUUGUCUCUGCUGAAAUAUACCUAAGGUUUCAUUGUAAGAUUCAGGUUAAACCUGCAAAAUUCUCUGCAUGAGAAUCAUAAUAAUUCAUAUUAUUAAAAUUAGGGAGAAGACACUGAAAUAUACCUCAGGUAUCAUAGUGAGAUUUAGCUCAAACUGUCAAAAUUCUCUGCAUGAGAAGCAUUUAUAUAUUAAUGGUAAUAGGGGGAAGACACUAAAAUAUACCUAAAGUUUCAUUGUAACAUUCAGCUCAAGCUGUCAGAAUUCUAUGCAUGAGAAGCGUUUAUAUAUUAAUUAUAAUAGGGAGAAGACACUGAAAUAUACCUAAAGUUUCAUUGUAACAUUCAGUUCAUACUGUCAGGACUCUUUGAAUGAUAAGCAUUCAUAUUAUUGAAAAGGAAUCCUGAAAGUGAAAAGCUUAUAAACUUUCAUUGACAUUAAUUAUGGAAGUCUACUGUUCUUAGACAUAUUGUCUUUUUAGAUUAAAUCUUUAUUCUUUAUUUAUUCUGUGCUCCAUUGUCAAAAGAAUAAAUAGAGAAUAAAUAUUUAAUUAGAAAACAUACCGUAGUUGAAACCUUAACGUAUUUUAAUCCCAACUUCAAUGAAGUGUAUAGCAGGGUUUCAAGUACCUAUCAAGGUUUCAGCUUGUAGGAUCCAAGUUCACACUAAAAACUGACACAAUAUUUUUAAUUUCAUCAACUAGUUUCAUUUUUUUGUUUUAUUUUAAAAACACGAAAUGUUUUGUCAUUCAUAGACAAAACUUUGCCAUUUUCAAGUGUCAUAUACAGGGUGAUUCUUAAUUAUGGUAAAAUAAUUUGAUACGUGAUAGUAGUGAUAAAAAUAAGAAAAAAAGUUCUUAUAAACAUAUAUCCAUAAACGCUUCAUUA